AUGAAUAAUCAAAGCAUAACCUAUGCAGAGCUGAAUCUGGUUAAGGUCUCAAAGAAACAGCAAAUGAAAUCUAAGGGCACUAAAAGCUCCAUUUCAGUAACUGAGGAGGAAAUAACCUAUGCUGAAUUAAACCUUCCAAAUGCCUCUCAGGAUCUUCAAGGGAAUGACAGGAACCACCACGGCAAAGGUUUACCAUCACCUCCAGGGAAGCUCAUUGCUGGGAUCCUGGGACUCAUCUGCCUUGUCCUGCUCUGCAGUGUGGUAACAAUGAUAGCUGUUAUUCCCUGUAAGUAG